AUGCAGCACCACAAAGUAACUUCUGGGAGCUCGUACUACCUCCCCUCCCCGAUGAUGCACUCAAUCAACUCGGAAGCUGAUCGCGUCAAGUUUAUUGUGGUAACAGGUGGGGUGUGCAGCUCGCUUGGCAAGGGCAUCACCACAAGCGCAACCGGGGCCCUUCUACGCGCCGCCGGCUACCGCAUCCACAGCAUCAAAAUCGACCCAUACCUUAACAUCGACGCUGGUCUGAUGAGCCCCUUUGAGCACGGCGAGGUCUACGUGCUGGAGGACGGCUGUGAGGCCGAUCUUGACCUCGGCAACUACGAGCGUUGGAUGAACGUACACUUAAGACGCGAGCACAACAUCACCACCGGCAAGAUCUACCAGCAUCUGAUCACAAAAGAGCGCGAAGGCGGUUUUUUGGGGAAGACGGUGCAGAUGGUGCCCCAUUUUACGAACGAGGUUGUCGACCAAAUCUUCUCAUUAUGCCAGAAGCCCUUGGUCGCAGGAAGCAAUGAGUUCCCCCAGAUCUGCAUGAUCGAGCUUGGAGGCACUGUGGGGGAUAUGGAAUCACAGAGCUUUGUGGAGGCCCUUCGUCGGCUGCGCUACUCCAUCCUGCCCGAGGACUUCUGCCUGCUUCACACGACCUACCUGCCCGUCUUCGGUGGAAUUCAAAAGACGAAGCCAACCCAACACAGCUGCCGAACCUUGCUUUCGCUUGGGCUUUCGCCUGAUUUUCUGAUCUGCCGCAGUGAGCAGCCCCUAAUGCCGGAUGUGCGGGAAAAACUCAGCAAUCAGUGCGGUGUGCAGUCCAAGGACAUCAUUGGCGCCCCUGAUGUCGACUGCCUUUACCAGAUCCCGAUUGAAUUUACUGACCAGGGCCUUAUUGAGCGCAUUAUUCAUAAACUGCGUCUGAGGCCUGCUCGGCCUGCGGUGGGCGUACCCACCUACGAAUCCUUCAAACAUUUCACCAAAAUUUUACGCAAUCCAUCCAACGCGACCGUGCGAAUUGCCUUUGUUGGAAAGUACGUGUCCGGCGGCAGUGAUGCCUACUUUUCUGUAUUGCAGACCUUUGAGCAUUGCCAACUCUCUCUUCAUGUCAAGCUGGACAUCCUUUACGUUGACAGCGAGGACUUGGAGGGCGUGAACGCCGAGGAGGCCAAGGAGGCGAUUCUUAGUUGCGAUGGUAUCUUCGUACCAGGUGGAUUUGGAAUUCGUGGUGUGAAGGGGAUGUGUGCGGCUGUGCAACUCGCACGCACCCACAACAUCCCAUACUUUGGUGUCUGCCUGGGGAUGCAAGUUGCCCUGAUUGAGACCGCACGCAACGUCCUAGGCUGGGAAGAUGCCAACAGCGAGGAGUUUGAUUCCAAAUCCACUCAUCAGAUCGUGCGCAUCAUGGAUGCUGACAGAACCAAGAUGGGCGCCAACAUGCAUCUUGGUGGUCGCGACGUCUACAUCAUCGAGGAUUCCUCCAUACUUAAGAAGAUCUACUCCGGGGCGUCCGUGAUUCUGGAGCGUCAUCGUCAUCGCUAUGAGGUUAACACCCGCUACCUUGCAGAACUGCAGCGUGCAGGGCUUCUCAUUUCAGGGGCAUCGGACCCCCAGCUAGGCCCGCUUUCGCGUGUUGAAGCCAUCGAGUACCCAUCGCUGCGCUUUUUCAUGGCUGUGCAGUACCACCCAGAGUUUGUUUCCUCCCCGCUAGACCCCUCCCCUCCGUAUUUGGCCUUCAUGGCAGCUGCCUCGAGGCGAGAAUACAUGUUGCCUGCGGUGUGCGCACAGCGCCGGCUGCCUGAGCGGUUCCGCAGCUCUGCAUGA